AUGAUUACCUGGCAUUCUGCUGAAUUGUUGGCCGUCGUCCGCCUUCCCUUCAUCCAUCCAAGCUAUCUGCUCAAUGUUGUCGACAAUGAGGAGCUGAUAAAGUCAUCAGAGGCUUGCCGGGAUUUAGUCAAUGAGGCAAAGAGAUAUCACAUGCUUCCUCACGCCCGGCAAGAGAUGCAAACUCCACGCACAAGGCCAAGACUAUCAGCAGGUGUGGCUGAAGUGAUUGUUUUAGUUGGGGGUCGGCAAAUGAUAGGAAUGAAUCAGAGGACACUGACAGCUGUCACUUGUUUAAAUCCACAAAUCAAUAAAUGGUACCCACUGGCGAGCCUACCCUUCUAUGACCGGGAAUUUUUCAGUGUUGUGAGCGCAGGGGACAAUAUCUAUCUGUCAGGGGGCAUGGAAUCCGGGGUCACCCUUGCAGACGUCUGGUGCUAUAUGUCUUUACUCGAUAACUGGAAUUUGGUCUCCAGGAUGAUCGUCCCAAGGUGUCGGCACAACAGCCUGGUAUACGAUGGCAAAAUCUAUACAAUUGGUGGCCUUGGUGUAACUGGCAAUGUUGACCAUGUUGAAAGGUACGAUACGAUUGUCAACCAGUGGGAGACGGUCGCUGCUCUUCCCAAACCGGUCCACUCUGCAGCAGCCACCGUGUGCGGGGGAAAGAUCUACGUGUUUGGCGGAGUGAACGAAGCGGGCAGGGCGGCCGGCGUGUUGCAGUCCUAUGUGCCUCAGACCAACACAUGGAGCUUUAUAGAAUCGCCCAUGAUCGAUAACAAGUACGCCCCGGCGGUCACUCUGAACGGCUUCAUCUUCAUUCUGGGAGGAGCUUACGCUAGAGCAACUACGAUCUACGACCCCGAGAAGGGAAACAUCAAGGCCGGACCCAACAUGAACCACUCAAGGCAGUUCUGCAGCGCCGUGGUCGUGGACGGGAAGAUAUAUGCAACAGGCGGCAUCGUCAGCAGUGAAGGACCAGCUCUUGGGAACAUGGAAUAUUACGACCCCAAAUCGAACACAUGGACAUUAUUACCCAACAUGCCUUGCCCACUCUUCCGCCAUGGAUGUGUAGCGAUAAAGAAAUACAUUCAAAGUGGUUGACAGGCGGGAGAUCGAUGAACUGAGGUGACGGGUGGACAUGUUUGAACUUCUUAAUUUUUUUUUCUCUUAUUGGUUUGGUUUUAACCCUUCCCAUGCCAGAGAUAAAGCGGUUAGUCCUCUUCUUCACUUCAGCGGCUUUAACCCUUUGAUUUCAUAAGAAGGAGUGAAAAAAAGGAUAAAAAGAAGAUUUUUGUUUUUAUGUUUUUUCAUUUUUGUCUACGGAUUUUCAAUAAAGUCUACAUUGAAUGUAGAAGAUCAUCCUCACCUUUGGGUGAUGCCGGAGCGCUUGAUCUCCAAACUAUGUAUAAUAUGUAUGUGAACUUGGCAAAUGUGUCACUAGGUGGCGUAGUGACGCUUGUUGUCACCCUAGGUGCAAUAGAGUCCCAUAUUUUUUACAUGGGUUCAGUUGAGAUAGGGAUCGGGCGGGGCAGCGGAUGAGGAUCUGUAUUUUACUUUUAGGUGUAAGGCUGGGAUUUUUUAGAUGACUAUUCGGUACAGCUAAGCAUCUCAUCACAGAGAAUUUCGAAAGAAGCCGUAUUAUUUUUUAGGUUAUUCUUACAUGGAACGUUAGCCACACAGGAGGAAGAAAAAAAAACAGUUUGUCAAAAUUCUGAAAUUAUGUGGAACUACAACUCUCAGCAUCCAUGAGUAGAAAGUUGUCUCUGGAAAAGGUAGUUCUACGAUACCUGAAGACGGUUUCACUUUGACCUCAUCGGAAAGGUUUGGUUUUCACCAGUGGCGUAACUAGAAAUGAUUGGUCCCUAUAGCAAAUUUUGUAACAGACCCCCCAGCAACUUCUUCUCAACCCCCUCUUCUCAUGCAACCCCCACUCCUGUGGCUAGUCAAGAUCGCCCUCUCAGACUAGGUCCUAAUGAGGGGGGCCCUGACAAAAAAAUCUAUUAGUCAUCCACCUGGGUGGACCCCUUUUGAGUUUGGGCCCCAAAGCAGCCGCUUCUCUUAUAGCUACGCCACUGUUUUUCACCUGUCCAAUACUAAUGUUCCUGCAUCUGAUAAGCGGUCGGGCAUGUAUUGUGGCUCUUUGUUAAAAUACCAUGUGUUCAUCCAGCCGCCUGACAAAGGCACACCCUCUUUUGGAAACCACACCCCUUUGCUGCAUAGCCACACCCAUUCCCGUGAUGCAUCGUGGCCCCCUCAGAGCACAUAUUGGUGCCAGGGCUGCAGCAUUCCAGUUAGCGCUCAUUUCCAGUUAGCGCUGAUCCAGUUAGCGCUGCUUUCUUGGAGGUUCCUGGAGGUCCCUCCUGUUUUUAGGAGCCUUCAGACUAUGACUAGUAGGGGGCCUCAAGGCUGAAGCCAAAUAAUUGCUUAGCUAGCGGUGGCCUGUUUGCUGGCCCAAUAACAUGGUCAUUUAAUCAAGUCAAGAGCAAAUGAUGACGGGAAAUCUUUCAGACACUGUGGAGUAUUAAAUGAGUUAUCCAUUUUUUUAAUUCCAUGCCCUUCCCGACCUUCCCUUCAUUAGAGUAACACUUUUUAUAUUGGUACCUAUUAAAAGUUGCUUGCCGGGCUAGCGUUGCACUCCCGUUUUAACUAUAUUCUCCCCGCAUUUCCGGGAAUCACGUGUCGUACAUUGUGCACGUGAUCCUAUCAUGGUUACAACCCACAGAAGGAAUCUCUUGCCACAGUGCUAGCUGUGCACAGUGUGCGCCAUGUGGUCCCGGAAGUGCCAGAACCAUAUUAUUGGCCGGGAGCACAGUGCUGUCCCGUUAAGCAAUGAAAAAGUUGUUACUCUAAUCAAGGGUGGGGUGACAUGAAAUUAAAAUUAAAAAAUCCAAUAACCCCCUUUAAGGAUUUGUCCCCCUUAGGGCCUAUUUUAUGGAUGCCAUAGAGGGUAAUCUAUCAGUGGAGGACUCACUGUGGCCCUCUUUUACAUGACUGAUCAUUCAUUUGAAUGGAUGUCCUGUAAUACUACAUUCCUCCUGCAGUGGCCGCUGCAGGGAAAUUGUGUGGCUGCUCACUGCUGUAUAGUUGGGAUGGCUCCUUUAAGAUCCGCGCUGUACUUCAAGGAUAUUCAUCUAAAGUGAAGUAGAUCAUGUUUUAUCAACAUGUCGACAGGUGGGAAUCCAUACAUUCAGCUGUAAUGGCCCACAGCAGCAGAGAAACCAUCAUCUAAAAACAUAGCUGCCAACUGUCCCUGAUUUUCAGAGACAUUCUCAGCAAAUUAAGGCUGUCCUGGGCCAAAAGUGGGUGGGCUAAUGUAAACCACGCCCAUGUGUGGGAGGGAGACACCACAUUAGACGAAGAAGGAGAGGGAACAAGGAACAAGACCUGAAAGCUAGGGAAGAAAGGAGGACACCUCCUAGUCAAAUCCCUAGUCACAGUCCUGACUGGCUAUCAGUAUGAACAGACCCCAAAGGUAGGUGAAUUCAUACGCAGGAGUACCUAGAGUCCUAACUCACCCUAUAAGACCCUGGCGAUAGUGACAGGACAGAGACUACCUGUUCCUCCAGAAAAGAAGGACGACCAGGAGUCGCGCUCAGGCCUACAACAAAGGGCAGGGGAAAAGCAACACACAGAUAAACCAAAACAAAAUGCAAAAGGGAAAGGAAACACUUAACUUUCCAGUAGUUAUGGCAGGAACUCAGCAGAGAACCAAACACCAGCAGACCACAGAUACCACUGAAGCUAUAAACCGCACAGCAUGCAAAACACCUGGUUUCAUUUAGAACACAUGGCUCCUCCCCUUUAAGCAUAGACUGUUAUCUGUAGUAUUUUUGUAAUAUUUUGUCUUCUUCAGAACCUCUUUAGCUCCUGCUCCGGUCCCCCUUGUGCUAAUAAACAGAAUAUUGCAUUUUGAAUUUUUUAGGCAGCCAUUUUGUAAUCUGCAGCCAUAUCCAUAAAGCUUCAUAGGCUAAAAAUUUUUGGGGAAUGUAAAGUUUUUUUUUAAAUUACAUUUUAUAUAAUAUAUAUUAUUUUAUAUCCGCUGCUUAAUGGGUCCCUGCUGGUCUCCACUUCCUAGUCCCGCCUUGACAAACAGGAAAUGGCAAGAGAUGCCUGCUCAGCCAAUCACUGACUGAGGCGGGUCUGAUUGGCUGAGCAAGCAUUUCCUGUUAGUCAAUCUGUGGAGACCAGUGGGAAGCCGGUAAAUAUUGGGGCGGUAGUGGCAUAGGAUCAAUGAGGAUCGCUUAUUUUUUUUAACCCCUUCGGCUAAAAUACAAAAAAAAAAACUAUACAUGACAACCCCUCUAACUUGCUCAUCUGAAUUCAUAGGUCAUUUUUCAGAGAACAUUGCUUCAGGUCACAAAUUGCCUCCUCUUUCAAAAAUAUUUCUGCAGCAGGUCUGGGGGUAAGCAUUGCAAGCUAUAGCCAUGAUCACAAGAAGUGAGAAAAAAUAAUCUAAUCAUUUUUCAAAAUCCAAUUUCAAUAUUAUGACAAACUGUUUUCUGGGUCUUUUGUGUGUUUUUUUCCCCCCUUUUUUUUAUAUUAGAAAGAGAAAAAUAAAUAACUGGUUAGACCACAGAUUUACAGUAAAAUAUUAGUCUUCCUGCAGGUCUUAAUGAAAUUGAUUUUUCUGCUACUGUGCUAGUAAAUAUAUAUAUAAAGACUGCAUAUAUAUUAUAUUUAUAAUUAAAAUGUUUCGUAUCAAAGUGAGUUUUUGAAGGAUUUAACAAGACUAGCUCAAUGUUUUCAACAGUAUCGCCAACUGCUCAUGGAAAAAUCCUUGAAGACAUUUGUAAACCAGUAGAAUUUCAGUACAAUCUAUGUACAUUUUCAUGAACCCUAUCACAUAAAUCAUCUGUUUUUGCUUUUUUUGUGUAUAUUUUCUUCUUUUUGCCUUGGAUAUAAUAUAGACAGAAUUAAGCUCCACCCCUGUGGAUAAAAAAUACACCUCCUUACAACAGGCGCAACCACAUUUCUGUCAAGACCACUGGAGUCCAGAUAUAUGGGAAAUCCUAUGGAGUUUCGGAUGGUCGGAAUAGAUAUUUAAAAAAUCCUGUGCAUGUAUUAUUGGUCCAAACGUUUUAUUUUAAAAUCAAAUACGAUUUUUUUUUUGUUUGUUUUAAUUUAAAUCGAUAAAGGCUAAAAGAUAAUGGUAAAAAAAAAGUUUAAUUAAUAUAAAUGAUACAAAUCAUUAUUACAUAUUCUAUUAAUAUAUUCUGAGGAAGUUUUUUGGGGGAUAUUUUUAUUGCUGUAUUUAAUCAUCUCAAAAUAAUGUUUUUAUUAUUAUCCUUAUUAUUGUUGUUUGGGGGAAAAUUAUGGUCUAUUUUACAUUUUAUGAAAGUUUAUCCCUUUUUUUGGAACAUCUGCAUUAAUAUUUUAGCUAAUUUUAUUUCAUCA